AUGCGAUCCUCUCAAGCCGACUUCCCACCAACAUACGAGGCGGAGGUCAACCACAACUUACGGAUGUUCGAUCAGCUCGAAGGCCAGAUCGGUGCCAACAACUACCGUCAUCAGCCUGCCAACGGCAGCAUCCCGCCCAUGAGCCGCAAGAAGAAGGUCAUCGUCGCAGUCGCCGCUCUCAUCCUUCUGGUCGCUUUGGCUGGCCUGACCGCUCUCCUCGCGACUAGCCUGAGACGUCACGACAACGCCGACGAAACCAACAGCAUGAUCGCCGGCAGCGCUCAGACUCCUAGAGCGGAGACCCAAGUUGCGGCGCCGGCAGUCACAACAAUCGUCAUCACGGUCACGCAAGAAAUCCCGGCUUCAACACCAUCGACAGCAUCGCUACCACCGACCACCCUUUUGACGUCGACAAAACCAAUACCGACACCAUCGACGCCCACCACCUCCACCAAGCCAUCAACUACCACAUCGGGCUCUUCGAUCACGUCGACAUCGUCCACAUCAUCUACAUCAACAACAUCCACAAGCACAACUCCGACACCAUCGCCACCGCCACCCGAGACUCUGACUCCUCAGUCCUCACCACCAAGUUCAUCUUCGACAUCUGAGAUUACGACGUCUACCGCUGGGUGGAUGGGAUUCUGCAGCGUGCCGGGCAUGUUUUGCACGACGAAGCGAGGCGUUAAGAUACUGGGGGCCUUCAUCCCUUCCCGACGACCGCCGCAACCGCCACGACCUCAUACGCCAACCAGAAUAUCAGACGUCCCGAGCUACUAUGGAUUAUCGAACAGUCGCAGCAGUCGAGACCUCGAUAUGCAAGCUCUGGCCGACAUCGACGCCGAACCUUUGCAUACGCCGGCCAAGCAAGCGGCGAAGAGGAGACGUCAGCGAAUCUGGGCCAGAUUGGCGCUCGUCCUCGCGGUGCUCUCUUUAAUCGCGAUCAUGACCGGCGUGGUCGUUUCGCAGAGCGGCAAAAGCCCAAAACAUGGUGCAACGGGAGCAGCGAACGAGUAUCCACCUUUCAGCGUACCGAGCACGAUCUCAAGGACCCUGCCACACCAGACCACGGCCACAUUGUCACCUGCGAGACCGGAACCGUACGCAGAGGCAAGCUCUAGGACUGCUACAUCAGCCUCCGGUGACUCGACCACGACGGCGACGCUUUUCCAGACGCAGUUGACGACGGCCGGGACGUCGACCACACUGAUUACGGUUAUACCGACGGCCACUAUCAUCACCGUUUCUCUGGAUUCAGCGACUCCGACGGCUUCACUGUGGACCUCACAGACACCUUUGGCGUACAAGACAACUCGCUCGAGGAAGCACACUCAUGCUCCGACCCUGUUAAGAGCCUAA